AAAAAUUUUGAAUUAAUUAGUGAUAAUAAUCAAGGAACAAAAAUACAACCGAAUGUGAUAAUUCUUCAAGGUGAUCCAUUAGGUUCAGUUUCCAUUGAUCCAACAAAUCAAUCACUUGUUCUUAUUGAUGAAUCCCUUUCUCGUUUAUAUAUCUAUCCAAUAAAUUUAACCAUCAUUGAUAUAUCACAAAGUGAAGCAAUUUAUUCUACAGUAAUAAUAUUUAUCUCGAAUAUCGAAAAUAUUGUUCCAUUAACUGAUCAAGAACAGAAAGCAUAUAAGUCAUUAAUUAUUCGUGCAUUUGAUCCAUCUACACCAUUAAAUGAUCAAAUAUCAAAUAUUACUGAAUGUGUUAUUAAUUCGAAUAUUGAAUUAUCAUCUGAUAUUUCAAUAAGAAAUCUUGCUGUUAUUAAUUAA